AUGUCUCUCCAACCUUACAUCAAUAAGAAAGUGCUCAUUUUGACCGUGGACGGUCGAACACUACUUGGCAACCUCCUCUCCACUGAUCAACUUACCAAUCUUGUGCUCACCGAGACCGUCGAACGGAUCAUUCGCACCCCCGAAGAUGACGAGCCCUCAUCACAAAUUGAGCAUGGGCUUUACUUGAUUCGAGGUGAUAACGUGGUAGCCUGCGGCGAAGUUGACGAGAAGAUUGAUGCCGACAUCGACUGGACUAAAGUGAAGGGUGAAGUGAUUCGGGAUACGAAGAAUGCAUGA